AUGGACGCCGAGGGCUUCUCCCUGGACGCCGCGCUGUCGCUCGUGCGGUGGCAGCGCUCGCGCCGCGGCUACGACGGCGACGCGGAGCUGCUGCGCGCCGGCCUGGCGCUGCUGGCGCCGCCACCGCCGGGCGCGCAGUCGGCGCUGCAGCGCGCCGAGCGCGCCUUCAACCUGCCGUGGCAGCGCAUCGCGGCCGAGGUGCUGCAGUUCGCCGUGUUCGUCGUGACGAAGGCCAAGCGCGACGCGGAGCUGCGCCCGGAGCAGCCGCGCCAGGCGCUGCGCCUGCUGCAGCUGGCGCUCAACGCGCUGGCCGUGGAGGGCGACGCGCAGCUCACGACGCUGCCGCUGAGCUCGUGCAACCUGCUGCUGGGCGCGCUGGUCGAGGCGCUGGAGACGCGCCAGCAGGACGACGCGCUGCAGACGCUGCGCGACGUCAAGGCCGUCUUCCUGUACCUGUUUGGGCUGCCCAGUGAGCGCGCCGCGGCCGCGACGCCCAGCUUCCAGAUGUACCGCCCGCCCACGAACGUGUACGCGGACUUCUUGAAGCGCGCGCUGACGGCGGCCUUCCGCGCGCUGCAGCAGCUGCAGGAGAGGGAUGUGGACGAAGAGGAGGAGGAGAUUAAGCAGCAGCAGGAGCUGUACGUGGACGUGGUGCACGCGGCGCUGUCCGUGUUCCAGGAGCUGCAGAAGACGCAGACGAACAAGAAGAAAGUCUUCCUGGCCAUUGCCAAGACGUCAUUGAGGGACAUUGUGGCCUAUCGCCACGCGCUCGUGAAGCUGCAGACACAGGGGGUUCCGGGCGUGGAAGCGGCCACGCAGCUACUGGAUCGCGUCGUGGAGGACGCGCUCUUUGAUGCCGAGCACAUCCGCCAGUAUGAUGGCGCCAUGGACGACAAGAAGUCCAAGAAGCGACGCAAGGCUGGAGGAGCCAAGGCCGCGUCGGGCCUCGUAUCCUACCAGAAGAACCUGUUCGACGAGCUGCAGAGUUUGCUGUCGGACAAGGAGGUGGACGCAGAUCUUAAGGCGUCGGUCGGUGGCUUCUUUGAGGUUCUGGUGCGAGGCUUCGCAGUGCGCAUCCGCGCUGCUGCGAACACCAAGAUCGAGGAUACCAAGACGGACCUGAAGACGAGCAGGAAGCGCGCAGCUAUCGUGAUUGCGACGACGUCCACGACGUACUCGCCGUUCAAGUUCUGGUCCGAGCUGUGCGCCGUGGCCUUCUCAGCUUUCCAGCAGGAGGCGGACAAGAACGAUUUCCUGCCAGUGCUGGUGACGCUGUACAACGCGCUGUUCCGAGCUCUGUGUGAGUGCGAUGUGUACCGUGUGACGGAGGAUACCGAGGAUCGUGGGCAGUUUUUGACUAUGGAGAAGGUUCUGUCGGCUUUUCUCGAGGUGCUUGACGUCGAGCAUGGUGAUGAGGUAUCUAGCGACGCUGAUCGAGCAUCGGAGGAGUGUGAGGUGGUGACCAGCGCUGUGCGAUGCUCUCCUAAUCUUGUUAACUGCUGUAUUGUACCCAUUCUCGAGCUGCUGGGACUCCAGGCUCUUAUUCAUGCGUACGAUUCUAUGCGUUUGUUGGACGCUUUCCUGAAGGCUUCAUUUACGAUUGAGCGAGCUCAUGAAGGACUGUACAAGUUGUUUGCGCUGCCUUCGUGCGAGACCACUCUACGUAAGGCGUUUAUGGCUCUGCCUCCCGGUCAAAUGGAUGUCUUGUGGAAACUUCUUGUGGAGCAGGUCGCCUCCUUCUCUUCAAGCGAGGAUACUGUCGACAAUGCGCGUGGAGUGGCAGUUGCGCGCUUGCUGUUCCAGACUUUCGUCCAGGAAAUUCACGUGGUACCUCAGAACCGCUCGAAGGUUUUGGGGCUCGUAUCUUACACGCACGAGAAGCUACUGUCGUCGUUUGCAGAUGAACUGGACCAAGUCACUGGCUCAUUCACGUCCUACCAGCGCGAGCUGUUCUGCAUUUUUGGAGAGUUGCUGAUGUUUGAUUCAGUGUUGAGCUCCACCAUUCGGGAGCAAACGUUUGAUCAGUUGUUUAAGAAGCUCGAAGGGGAUCGAUUCGGUACUGUGAUGAAGCAGUUAUUAGCAACUUCCAGCCCGAAGAAGAAAAAGAAGAACGGCAAGGCCAAGUCUACCGAUAGCGUUGCGAACAAUUUGAGCACGAGCCAUGGUCUGGGCGCUGCUGGAAUCGUUAAACUUUGCGUGUACUGGCUGCGUAACAUGGGGGCUUCGAGCCCCGAGGCAGAUGACGCUAUCAAGGUUUCUCGCGAAGGAAGGGAACAGGCGACUCGUUUGGUUAUCGAGUACGUGAUCAACUGGAAAUGCUGGGAGGCUGUUAGCUUCCACCUUCCCGAACUGAUGGCAAACGCAAGUGACGAGGAGUGCGACCGCUUCCUCCGCGAGAUUCUGAGCGCUUUCCUGUGUGAAACCGUUUCUGGGGAGCUGGAUGGUUCGGCUAGGAGAAUUAUUUGCGAUGCAGAAUUUUAUGAGAUUCCAAGUCUUCGCAAGGUUGCGCCCACCUCGUUCAAUACCCUGGGACAACAGUUUGUUGAUGAAGCACAGCGUGACUCGCUGACGAACCCGACGACGCCCAUGCAGUUCUUCAGCUUUUUGUCUGAGAUUCCUCGCAGUUAUCUCAAACCGGAAGAGAGCGGAGACUUGCUGUCCACGGCGUUGUCUCUGUAUAAGGCAAUCACUGAGAGUAAGACAGAAAUUCGCCGGACUGUGUUGGCCUGGAUUCAACAACAUUUCAAGGCCAUCGGUGUUGAAGUCAACAAGUCGGGCGAUGCUCGGUUGAAGGAGCAGAUGCUCAAUGGAGCGCGCUUUAUCACAUCUCAAAUUGCGGUUGACAACGCUCUCAGCGUCUCACUGGUGUCUGAAGUGCUGGGCUACUAUUUGGAAAUUGGUGACGGCGCGUUUGCCGGCGAAUUACUCAGCAGCGUUCUCGGCACUAAGAGUGCAAAGAAAAACUCGUCGUCCAAAAAGCUUCAGCGGGCUGUGAUUGUGGUGGAAGCUUUGGCUAUGUGUCGUGGUGCUUCAUCUGAAGUCUCGAAGGAGGAGAAGGAAUUCGUUGAGAGUGUUGUGGAUGUUACCACGCGUGACAACGUCUGCGAGAAUUCGGAUGGACCGUUGCCGUUUGAAGUGCUUACUGCUCUCCUCAAGUACCAGUCUAUUCUGCAGAAGCAGGCGUACCAGCAGAAGAAGACCAUCACUGAGGGUCGCGUGCUGGAAUUGCUCGUGAAGCACGUUGGAGCUGCUUUGGCGAAGUCUAUGAAACUGGUUUCUGCUACCAGCGAGUCCACUAAUGAUUCCAAGCUGCAGGACGCUGCCUGGUCCUUCUACGCGAAUUUCUGUUUGGAGUACGCUUCUUUCCGUUCGUUUGUGAAUCCUCUGGAGACGUUUGGAUGCUUGCUGGCUGUGGCAAUUUCGCUUGUUUCGCGCGACCAAAGCAAGGCGGAGCAGGCCUUACAAGCAGUGAUCGGCAACGCAAACAAGGACGAGUUCCGUCUUCUGCUUACAACGAUUGUGCAGGAGCUUGUAGCAAAUGAAUGCCAACGAAAGCAGGGCGCGCUGCGUGCUCUGUGCUUGCUGUUGGGCGGAGACCGUAAGCUCAACGCAGCUCGUCGGCAACUUCUAAAUGAACGCAAGGAGUCGAUCGUCGAAGCGCUGCUCCAGAACUUCGCUGUUCAAUCUCCGCAGGUCGGGGUGGUGUCAUCGGAUUCCAACGACGACGCUGUUGCCUUGCGCGUAUGGAACUUGAAGGCAUUCACGUUGGUGUUCUGCAAGGCCGAGCUUUUCACGUGGAAAACUCACGAGCUCCAGCACGUUUUUACGGGUUUCCAACCGAUCGUCGCUGCGGUAUCGUGCUGGCAGGCUGGCACGAACCCGUUCAACGCCCAAGACCUGCACGAAGUGUGGACUCUUUCGUACACGCUGCUGUUGCGUAUCGUGCGGAAUCACUUCGCGUCGCUGGUGAACGGAAUCCCGCAUCUCGUCCAAGCAGCCAACGCGCUUCUGCAGCUUCUGGUGCUGACCUCUGCUAGCUCCGAGUACUCGCAGUACUGCUCCGAGUGGAGCUCUAACCUGGCGCGUCUGUACGGGUACAUGAAGGAGCACGAUGUCCAGCUCCGCAAGCACGUCGUGUACAUGCUGAUGGCAUUCCUCGUCGGUGUCACGCGCGACAAGUUGGCGGUUCGUUUCCAGCAAAAGCUGCGGCCCGGUGUGUUCGCGCUGCUGGACGUGUGCUCGCCUUAUGAGAAGGAACAACUCUUCGGAGCGCUGGACUCAACCGGCAAAUCGCUGCUUAAGACUUUAGACACGAACUACAAGCUCACGCAUCGCUACGUGGGCAAGGUCUAG